AUGACCACAACGAGCGCACUGGCGCGUAAACUCAACAGCGCAGACAAGUCCGCCCUGCUGGCGUCGCACUCGUGCCGCACGUGCCCCAGCCGUCAGUCAGGGCACCUCUUCCAAGCAGUCAGUGCGUGCGCCAUUGGAGCAGACAGGGGCACCUGCGUGCAGGCGUCAGCUGGACUCCGGGCCAGUGCGUCGCCGGAGAGCUACAACAUCCAGACGCACCAGGGUAACCAGGCCACCUCCGCCAAGCUGCGGCGGAACAAGUGGAUCAACCGGCAGGUGACCCAGAAUUCUAACAACAUGCAGCGACUCUUGCAGACAAUCCACUACCACAUAUCCGAGAUGAACGCGAUCAACCUGGUCACUGCCCUCCACCGCCUGACCAAGCUGGCGGUGUCUGGCACCACGGAGUACACCGUGGACCGUCUCCUGAAGGAGCGGCGGGGGUAG